AUGUUAAUACGGUUCCCAAACGAGCGUUUAGAUGUUGGUUUGGGGCUAGCUUUAAUCCGCAAGAGAAAUGCAAAAUUGUAUACGGUGCUUCAAUUGUACCACUGUGCUCGAUAUGGCGAAUUGGCCAAGCUUGAUCUCGAGCAGGAGCUUGACUUUAGCGAUCAGACGUAUAAAUUCGAGGCGUACAACUACCAGACACGGGCAAAUCUACUGCUUGGCAAAUAUAAAGAAGCUCUAGCGAAAAUCGAGGAAUCCAAGAAGAUAAUUCCAUCUUUCACAGAGCAAAGCGAGGCCUCGUUCUUGCAAUCAGAGCUUGAGUCAUUGAUCAAGUAUGCAGCAUUCCUUGAAAACGGUGAUAGUGAGGAUAUCGCAUCAUAUUUCACAAGAACCGAUCUUCCAGGUGGAUUGUCUUCUCUUCUCUCAAGUUGCUACUUUGCUAAAAAGGGCGACCUUGAGGCCGCAUUCAAGAGAUUGCACCCGAAGGAGGACUUGGAGAAUGUUGAGUUUGGGUGCUACUUGCUGCUCUUGCUCUCGAAAACAACAGAUGCCCAGCGGUUUUUGGAUGAUCACGUGACCAACGACUCUGCGUCGGAUACUGUUGGAUACAACCAGACCGAGGCCUGGAUUCAGCUUGAGGGAUACGGCGACGAGUUGAACCGGGCCUAUUACCACUUUGACGAUCUUGCAGGGUCCGGAAAUACGACCUCGCUCAAACUUUUGGUGUGUGUUUUGGUUUCGCACUUAAAGCUUCACCAUAUGCCGGAAGCGGAAGAAACACUCUCUAGAAUUGUUUCGUACAGGGCCGACCACAGAGAUGAGGAGGCGGCAGAGUUGGGCAACUGGGCAGUUGACCUAUUGGUGGACGAAAUUGCGCUCAGACGUAUCCAGAGCAGAAAUUCCGAUGCAGACGCUCUUUUCAACAAGUUGAAAGCAGAACACCCGGACUCCGCGUAUGUGAAGGAUGUGCAGGCCAAGCAGGAUGCAUUUGAUGAUAUUGUGGCCAAGUACGCGGCCUGA